UUGACUCUUGUUCUCUUGUUCACUUCAACGUUGGCGGCUCAACCUGUUCCUCCUCGACGACAAUCUGCUCGCUUCAUGUCUCUCCUCUGAACUAUACACUCUUUGAUUAUCUGCAAUACUUGAAUAUGCCCCUACGCGUCACCUGGCAAGCCAUCUUCGGCGAGGGGUACACCACCAUCGAGAACAACGAGGAAGUGCUUGAAGGUCUUGACGAUGCACAGCGACCAGACGUCGAGGAGGGGCCCCGGUCCAGUAACGACCAUCCCUCACUUUAUGUGCACGCAUUUGAGACGAUGAUGAAGGCCAUAUUAGCGCAUGAGGCGCAUCUGCUAAGUGAGGGGGAGCUGGAGUGUAUACAGAACUUUGUGCACCUUCCAUACCCCGCCCGCUACACGCUUGUCCGUCUCGUUCUGAGGAAGCCUGGCGCGUGGCACCCGAUGAGCAGUAUGCAGACCUUUAUACGCGAAGUCGGAGAAGAGGGAGUUCUCAUGGCGCUGGACGAGCUAUGCAAACCACUGCCCGCGACUGAACGCUCGUUCUCCACUUCGUCUACUUCCUCUAGUUCAACUCUCGUUGACAGUGAUGGUGACACUACAUUACACGACUGGCAGCCUACGCCAACACCAACAUCACACACUCCCUCUGCGACACCAUCCUCCUCCAAGAUUCCUGCCGACGCUGAGAUCAUCGACCUUACCCUGGGCGACGAUGAAGAGGAAGACAUCGGCGGCCCCUGCGGGCAAGCCGCCGACCCCGCACACCUUGACCUUAGCUACUUCUGCCGCAACGAAGAGCACAUGGACCUCGACGACAUCCUCAACCGACUGCAGACCGCCCAGCUCAAAGUCCUCAUGAAGCAAAUGAAAGCCAAGGACCAGGUGACGAGGAAGGAGGAUAUGAUUGCCUCCCUACGGCGUGCGGCAUGCAAUCAGAAGUUAUUGAACUUCGCCCCCGUGUUUGCGAAGUCACAAAAAACUCAGCAGAAGCCGUCAAAUGCGCUGAAGACGCAAGAGGGCGUGCUGAAGAAGCACGCGCUGAAGGAGCUGGGGAGGUGCUUGCAGGUCAACAUGGAUUUCGUACGUUUUGUGCGAAGGAUGCAUAUAAUCUUCUACCGAAGUACCGAACUGCCGACACGCCUUCUGCUCCCCGCCCUCCUCUCCAGCUUCCGCAUACGAUCCUACCCUGACAUAGGGCCCAUCACCCGCGACGGCAAUAUCUGGACAUCGCGCGAGGACUUCCUCGAGUACGAGGAUGCACUUCUACUCCAGGCGGAGUACGAGCAACUCAUGGGCGACACCGAGGGCUCCCCACUCGACACGAAUAAUCGCUUCGUCUCCGAGGGCUCCAACGUCCUCGAACGAGCGACACCGGCUCCGAGAUCCUCGAGGUCAAGAGCCACGCCAGCGCCAAAGCGGAAGAGGGACGCAUCCGUCGCGGACGAGCCGCCAGAGCCGCCAAUAUCGCUGAAGCGGGCGAGGCAUAUCGAGGAGGUCUUCGACAACUCGGUAUACCGCAAGUGGAAGAAGCUGGUCAAGCGGAAGCGCAAGUCGACGGAGGUGCGGGCGCCGGGAUUGGAGAGGUUCGAGGCUGGCUACAUCUUCACGCGGCUCGUCUACAAAGCCGCGCACGCCUUCGGGAUGCUCAAGAUGUAUGACAAGGAGCUCGAGGUGCUCGACGCGCUCCUCAAGCAGCGCUUCUGGCGUCGGGGCAAGGUCGCGGACUGGUAUGCGCGGCAGGCGUUGAUCCAGAUGAACCACUUGUGUUGCGAGUCGGACGAUAAGACGGAGAGGGCGGCGCAUAAGGACGAGAUGCGGGAAUGUGCGCGGGCGACGCUGUUAGCGGCGCUUGAUGACGAGGAUGUGGGGGCUGUGUACCGCCCAGGAUUGCUACAUCGACUCCAGCGGCUGGAGAAGAUGCUGAAGAUCAAUUCGAGUGUCUCGGAGCCGCUGGGCAAACCGAACGAGGUUUGGGUAGUGGCGGAAAGGAUACACAAGAUGGAGGGCGAGGGUGACGGGUGGUCACCAGGGAAGGAAAAUCGGGACAACACGCUGACACAAAUGUGGCGGGAUCCGGAUGAGUUAGUCCUGAUACAGGAUCCCAAGUACAAUAUGCGGAAAGCGAUGGGGAAGUCGAUAUGGAAGGGUCGGGACGAUCAGCAGGUCAAUGUGGAGACGGUUGCGCUACAGCACUAUGAGGCCCUAGGCUACAAGGGCUUCCACGCGGAGACCCGGAUAUUGACGACUUUGUUCGCGCUCCUGUUCUGGGAUGUGCUUUUCGCGCGCGUACCGAGCGUCUUCGUUACCGAGUUUCAGACAGCCCCGCUGGAUCUGGCAGAGGACACGUUCUACAGUGCUAGGAAGGAGCUUAUCGAGAAGCGAUUGGCGGAGCUCUUGGAGGAGGGCAAAGCGUUGGAAAUCUUGCGGCGGAACGACAAGUUCUAUCGCGAGACCAAGACCUUUUGCAUCGGCCUCUCUUGGACGAACUGCAGCGCGGAGGAUCUGGAAGAGAUCGUAGAGUGCAUGGGAGGACAUGCUCUGCGACAUAUUUGCCUGCUUUUCUGCCAGGACUACGCCGGGCGGUGCGGUGGCGUACCGGAUUUGAUUGUUUGGAAGAUGACAGGAGAGGAGCGGUGCAAGUUCGUCGAGGUCAAGGGGCCGGGUGAUCGGGCCUCUGACGCGCAGAAGGUAUGUAGCAGCAACGAAAUGCUCUGGUUCGAUUCGUUGCUGAGGGCGCAGGUGCCUGUCGAUCUGUGCCAUGUUGCGGACUCGAAGGAACCGCCUACGUCGGGCGUCAAGCGCAAGCGAUCGAAGAAGGAGAAGGACGUCGUAGUGGGAGACGACGACCGCCCGUCGACGCCGAAGCGAACCGCGAGCAGGUGAGGUCGCCGGUACGCGUCGGCACCGCGCACAUACCGCCGGCCGGUUGCGCGGCUCAUCCUGUGUCGGCUAAGUUCGUUUCCGAUUUCUAUCAGAGUUACUCGUGGAUUUAUUCUGUAUGGUCUACCUGGAGUUUGUGCUGUGUACGCUAGGUUUUACUCGGUUUGAUAGACUGAGUCGUUGGGGGCGCCGUUGAGACAGAGCGAAGAGGGAAAGUCCGAGUCUGUAUGCUC